UUUCUGAACUCCUGGAAGAAACACCACGCCUUGCAAUCCAUCUGCACGCUGAGAGCGAGCCGCCGAGUUUUCCUCCUCUCUCGUCUUGUAAUCAACGCCUACCUAAUACCACUUUCCCCAAAGGGGUAUUGCCAUGCAAUCCAUUUAUUCGCACGCUCUUCAGCGUCGGCCUUUCCAGGGUUCUAGCAUCGGGCGCAAGGCCGUGAGCCCGGCGCAGCCGAUCUCUUGCCCCGCCAACGCUUCUCGUAGCACUGUUGCAAUGUCUGCCGCUGCUGCGCCUGCUGGCGCUGUUAAGGUGGACACAACGUUGAACCCGCUGGUUGCAUCCGUGAAGCCUUCAAAGACGAUGGCGCUCACGGACCUGGCUACCUCUAUGAAGGAGUCUGGCAUUGAUGUGAUCGGCCUGGCUGCCGGCGAGCCCGACUUCGACACGCCCGCCGCCAUCGUGGAGGCGGGUGUGGCGGCGCUGCGGCAGGGCUACACGCGCUACACGCCCAACACCGGCACCUCGGCGCUCAGGAAGGCGAUUUGCAAGAAGCUCAAGGAGGACAAUGGACUGGAGUACUCGCCGGAUGAGAUCGUGGUGUCCAACGGCGCCAAGCAGUCCAUCUGGCAGGCCGUGCUCGCCACCUGCUCGCCCGGGGAUGAGGUGGUGAUCCCGGCUCCCUACUGGGUGUCGUACACGGAGAUGGCCCGCCUGGCCAACGCCACGCCCGUGGUGGUGCCCACCACCCCCGAGCAGGGCUUCCUCAUGAGCCCGCAGCAGCUGGAGGCGGCGCUCACGCCCAAGAGCCGCCUGCUCAUCCUGUGCACGCCCUCCAACCCCACCGGCGCCGUCUACCCCAAGGAGCACCUGGAGGCGCUAGCCGCCGUGAUCGCCAAGCACCCUCGGCUGCUGGUGCUGAGCGACGAGAUCUACGAGUACAUCACCUACGCCCCCGCCACCCACGUCAGCUUCGGAGCGCUGCCCGGCAUGUUCGAGCGCACACUCACCGUCAACGGCUUCUCCAAGGCCUACGCCAUGACGGGCUGGCGCCUGGGCUACCUGGCGGCGCCCAAGCACUACGCCAAGGCCGCCGCCAUCAUCCAGUCGCAGUCCACCAGCGGCGCCUCCUCCAUCAGCCAGCAGGCGGCGCUGGCGGCGCUGGCGCUGGGGCCCGGCGGCGGCGAGCCGGUGCAGGCCAUGGUGCGCGCCUUCCGCGAGCGAAGGGACUACGUGUCGGCGCGGCUCAAGGCCAUCCCCGGCGUGAACCUGGCUGAGCCCGCCGGCGCCUUCUACGUGCUGCCCGAGAUGAGCGCCUUCUUCGGGCCGGGCGCCGCGGCACAGGGCUUCGGGGCCGUGCCCGACAGCGACACCUUCUGCCGCUACCUGAUCGAGGUGGCCAACGUGGCGGUGGUGCCUGGCGACGCCUUCGGCGCGGACAGCUGCAUCCGCAUCUCCUACGCCGCCAGCCUGGAGACGCUGGGCAAGGCGCUGGACCGCAUCGCCGCCGCCCUGGACCCGGCGGUGUACACCUUGCGCACCGACAGGCAGUGAGCAGGCGAGCGAGGAGCCAGGCGGCUGAGGGAAGGGGGGAAGAGGGCGAGCGGGCGGUGUGUGAUACAUGAUAUGUGUGUGUGGGGCGGGGGGGGGUCAGGGGGUUUGGGGGAUUGUUUGCUUGCAUGCCAAACAAGCCAGGACCUGGAACCAGCACUCGCGGUGUGGAGGAGGUUUGGCCUUAACCUUGGAUGCCGUGUUCCCUGUUUUUGGGGGGUGCAGUGGCAGCGAGAGGUGGAUGAGUAAAGUGUUGGCGGGAGGUGAAGUUGCGGUGGCAGAAGCUGUGGUAGGAGGAGGAGGUGGGGCGGCGGUAUGGGGGGGUGGCUGGUAGGGCGGGCGAGGGGCUGUGGAGGAGGUACAGUGGCGCCCGCAUGCGGCCGGGUGGUUGGGGGUGUUGGAGGGGAGGCGAGCGGAGCACGAGCGCAUGGCGUGCCUGUGGGCCGAAAGGAGGGGGGGCGUGCUGGUAAGGAAUUGAAGUGAAGAGGGCGUGCGGGGGCGGGGGGAUGUGGGGCUUAACGUAAUGCUGAUGUCAGAGAUAAGUUGGGGCGCAUGGAGUGCGCGCGAGUGAACCUGAGUGAUCUCAGGUCCUGCGCGUGCGCCUGUAACCCCCACUGCGCCCAUCUAUGCGUUCGACCCGGAGUGGGGCGCUGACGGCCUAGGGGUGGGCGGCAGGCGAGAGGACGCGAGGCGCGCGCAUGCACGAAUCAGGGGAGGCACGGCUAUGUGUGUUUGACACUCUCAGACGGGCCAGACGGGCCAAAAAAGGUGAAAAAUGUCGUGGUGUUUUGUCUGCAAGGCCGGGGGCGUCACCGGUGCGGCGUUCGCUUGCGUGCGCAGCGUUCGCGCUCGUGCGGGUUAUGUCAGGGCAAGCAGCUUAGCGCCGCUGCAGAUUUCCCCUAACGCCUCAGCGGUCGUUCCUCACCAGAGCCAAGCAUCGAUGUGUAACCUGAAAAGUUU